GCCCCUGAACUUUCAUAUUCUAACAUUUUACCCCCUCUAUUUCCUCACUCAUUAAUGAUAGAUUUGGUUGCUGAGAAACUCAUGGUAUGGGAAGAAUCUUUGGGGAAUAUUCCCUUUUUCAUGCCUUUGUUUCAAAGGAAGCCCCGGGAAAGGAAGAAAAAAAACAGGGUCGUGAGUUUCCAAAAAUCAAUGGGGUCUCAUCAAAAAGACCCCAUUCAGAAAGGCAAAUUGUGAGAAAAUAUUAUCGAGAGGGACCUACCGGACUUCGUCCCAUUUCUUCUAGUCGGCCAAUAGUAACAUCUUCGGCAUCGCCUCUAGCGUUUUCCUCGUUAGGUGCAACGGUUGAUGCAGAUGAUGGGGAAGUGGUAGAUGAUACUCAAGCAUCUCAACCGUCUCAACACGUUAGUAGAAAUGAGUCUGUCAGAGAAGGACAUCGUCUUAGAGACGAGAUAGCAAAUCAAAUGUGGGCAGAUUAUCAGUUGGCUCGGUCAAGGCAUCGGCGUUAAAUUUCUUUGUUUAAUCUUCACAUGUAUUUCUAUGUUUGACUUCACAAUGUACAUGUACUCUUUAUUUAAUUAUUAGCAUUUUUUAUUUUCUUCCCUUUGACUAGUUUAUGUUAAGAACACAACUAUCUUGUGUUGGACAUUAUUAUUUUUAGUUGUACUAUGUGUGUGUUUUUUCUUUUUUUUUUUAUGGAUGACUGGAAUGAUGGAACUUGGUAUAAAUUUGGUUGAUAUUGGUUGAAAUAUUGUUAUGAACUAGUUGAGGUGGCACGCUAGAUGUA